GCCUGGGCGGCAGCGGGCUGAUCUGCACGCUCGGAGCUGGAGGUCACCCGCCCUGGCAAUAACCUGCACGUUAACAAAGCUCCAGCCCGCUGGGGCUUGGCUCACUUCGCUGGCGUUUUAGCGCUGCAGAGCCCCGCGCCCCUGAAGACAAAAAACCCGUAACUUUUAAUUGCGUGGGCUUUCAGAAGCCAGCCAGCUGCCGGUGCUGGCCGCUCGGUGGAGGGAUCUUCCAGGAAGAAGGGCUGGGGUGGGGGGCUUGCUUUCUGAAUGAGGAGAAAGAGCCGAAACCGUCCUUUUUGUUCAGGGGCUGGCUUAGUGACUUCGCCCCUCGCCCCCAAUGCAUUGUAGCAAACAGCCCAGCUGGAUUUUCUUUUGCAAGACAGCCUCAGACUGGACAUUCCGGGGGGAUUCCCUGCUGCUGCGUGCCAGGCAGUGUUUUAAAUGGCUAAGCAAUGCUAAGAGCAGCCUCAGGCCCCUCUGCCGAGCCUCCAUGUCUCCACUGCAGCCUGGUUUUUAAGCACCCCCCUUAAAGCUGUGCAGCGCUUCUGCCCUCUCUUCCCUGCCAGCUGGGCUUCUCGGAAAGGACUUUGCAAUGCUGAGAGUACCUAAGGGUGUGUCUUCGGCCCCAGAAAGGGGGAGCUGCUCCAUUGCCUGCCUUCCCCAGCAGCAGCAGCAAAAGAAAAUCAUGCCUGUGAUGAGCUCCGCAGACUUGGUGACUUCCAGCCUCAGCAGCCCUCAGAUGCACUCCAUCCCAGCCAGCUACUUCAUGCAGGUGUACCCUCAGACUGUGGCUGCUGCCCCUCCACCCAGGGGCAGCUGCCUCUACGCCACCCCUCAUGGACCUGAAAUCAAAGCCAUCCGAUCUGCCUCUGCAGGAAGGCUGCCGCAGGCCAAACGGAAGCUGGAUCUGGAGGGGACCGGCCAGCCGGGCCUCCCGGAGUUCCGGACGCCCAAGGGGAAGGGCAGGAUGGUCACUCGAAUCCCCAGCCCCAGAACCCCCAAGUCGCCCGGGGAGAAGACGCGCUACGACACCUCCCUGGGGCUGCUGACGAAGAAGUUCAUCCACCUGCUGAGCGAGUCGGAGGACGGGGUGCUGGACCUGAACCGGGCGGCCGAGGUGCUGGAGGUGCAGAAGCGCCGGAUCUACGACAUCACCAACGUGCUGGAGGGGAUCCAGCUCAUCCGGAAGAAAUCCAAGAACAACAUCCAGUGGAUGGGCACAGGGAUUUUCGAGGACACCUCUGUGACGGUGAAGCAGCAGUCCCUGCGCCAGGAGCUGGCCGAGUUGGCCAAGACCGAGCGGAAGGUGGAUGAGCUCAUCCAAGACUGCACCCUCCAGCUAAAGCACCUGACGGAGGACGAGACUAACCAGAGGUUAGCCUACGUCACCUACCAGGACAUCCGCGCCAUCGGCAACUUCCAGGAGCAGACGGUGAUCGCGGUCAAGGCCCCCCCAGAAACCAAGCUGGAGGUGCCGGACUUCAGUGAGCAGGAGAACGUGCAGCUCCACCUGAAGAGCACCAACGGCCCCAUCGAGGUGUACCUGUGCCCCGAGGAGAUCCUGGACGACAGCCCGGCCAAGGAGAGCAGCUUCCUCACGCCCUCCCUCCAGGACAGCAGCGAUGGCACCGACCCCUCUCCAGGCAAAGCCGCGCCCCUGAUGGAGGUGGAGGACGGGCUCCUGGACGUGCCCCAUCACCUGCUGCAGCAGACGGAGGACCAGCUGCCCUACGGUGACCCCGCCCCCUUCGUCAGCUUCUCCCCGCCCCUCGACCAGGACGACUACCUGUGGGGGCUGGAAGGGGGCGAGGGCGUGAGCGACCUCUUCGAGGCCUACGACCUUGGCGACCUGCUGAAGAACUGAGCCGGCGAGGGGCCCCCUCUCCCUCCCCGCCAUGGUGCUAACGUCUUUGCUGGAGGCCUGGGCUUUGACUUGAACCAGGGGCU